CUUUCCAUUCCGUUUCGUUUCUUCGACGCUACUUUCGUUGUGUUUUUCAGUCUCGCGUAUCGCGGGAAUCGCGUUCAUCCUUUUUUUCUUUCGAAACUUUGGUUUGCGACGGUUUUCGUGGAACAAGACAAGUUCAGCGAACGAAUCGACGAGAAACAUCGGUUUACGAUACGUCCGGCGGAUGUCGCGAGCAAGAAGCGACGUCGCCGCGAGAAAAAAGAAGCGAAAGGAGACUAAAGACGCAGCAGCGUGUGGCACACGGUUUCGUUCGUUUCUUCUUCGACUUCUUCUUUUUCUUCUUCUUCCUCCUCCUCCUUCUCUUCUACUUCUUCUGGUUCGUUUUUGCGUGAAAAUCGAUGGAACCGAAGAACAGAACGAAACGUAGGCAUACGCGACGAAAAUUGACGGGAGAGGAGCUCUCGUGGAAGCUCUGCGAAUCGGUCGUAGGCCAACGGUUGCGUCGUUAUUAACGGUUCGUUUUUCUUUGCGUUUGUUUCAGGAUGCGUGAAAGAGGUGACGAAAUUCGAACGGUUUCACGGCCGUUCCGGCAGGGAGUUCGUCAUCAUCAGACGCAACGGGAUGUACGAGUGUCCUAGUUGUCACAAUCUUUACAAGUGGAAGAAGUCGAUGCUGUCGCAUUUGCGGAACCAAUGCAGACAACCACCGCGGUUCGAGUGUCCGCACUGCGCGAUGAAAAACUACCAAAAGGCGCACAUGAUUCGACAUUUACGCGUGCACCAUCCACAGCUCGCGCAAAUGUUCUGGGAUCGGAAGCUCAACGGUUUCUUCCGUCUCUAAUUUCGCUUACUCCCAUUAAUCUUUCGUUGUUGCUCGAAAUAAAGCUGCGUGAUGAACUCGAACAACGAUGAUAUUGAUCUUACCCUCGAUUCACGGUGUUCCCCCCGACCCUGUUUCGGUCUCGACGUCCUCGCAUCGUAUCGCAGAGAGAAAGAGAGAGAGAGAGAGAGAGAGAGGUAAAUGUCGAGCGGACGUUCGAGUUUCAUUGACGGGUUUUCUUGGAUGUUUUUCAGCUCGCGACCGACGACGACGACAACGACGACGGUAACGCGGACGACGUUCGACGACGUUCGAUGCUCGAGAAGUAAGGAACGGAUAAGUAAAAUUUGUAUCGCGUUUCCGUGGUCGUUGCGUAUCGACGGAGGCUCGACGCGCGCCACGAAAUCGUUAAUAGCGCGAUCGCGGCCGAAGAGACGAAGGAACGUUGGUCGAAUCGCGCGUUUCAUCGAACGGCGAUCGUCGAAGAUGGGGGGGAUAAGGGUGUGCGAAAUCGGAUUCCAUAUUUUGCCGCUUCCGCUCGGGCAUAAUACGACGUUCAAGAGCCGAUCGGGGACGAUCGGUAAACAGAAUUUGGAGUCGAGCAAAAACGUGAAACGCAAGAGCUUGAAGAUGAACGCUUGCGACAAGAAGAAACCGUUUCAGUGUCAAAAGUGUGGUCGCGGGUUCACCUUGAAGAGAAACAAAGAUCGUCACGUGAACUACGAAUGCGGUCACGAGCCAAGAUUUCAGUGCCCGUACUGUGGUCUGCGCAGCAAGCAGACUUCCCCGGUGUACGCCCACAUCAGGAAGAAACAUCCGGAAGAGGAGGUGUUUAUCUUCGACAUGAAGCUCUGAACUGCAACGUUCGACGAUCCGCGUUGAUCUCGAUCCACGUUCUCGGUCGAUGUUACGAAUUAUCCGAUUACGCGUCGCUUUCCAGUUUUCUCCUUCUAUCUUUGUCUUCUGCACGCGUUCGUUUCGAAAUACGAGGACUUUUUGCGCAGCAACGUGGAAUUCGUGACGCGAACUUUCAAUCGCUAUAUCCUUGGAACCGUUUGUCUAUACGAUUUUGAAAAUAUACGAAGAAAAAUCACGA